AUGAGUUCCACCGUCGGCUUUUCUAUCGUCCCCGACACACUCGCCGCCGCUCGCGCUGUGAGCACAAGCUUCGCUACUGUGACCACUACGACUACAGCUACCGAUACUUUUUUCGAAACUGUCCGUAGCACCGCUUACACAACACUGACCUCGACUGCUACUGCCAUUGCUACUGCCCCUGCCACUGCCACUGCCACUGCCGCCAGCACAAACUACAGCUCAAAUCUCAAGAGAGGUCUUCCGCUGACAUUGCUCAAUAACGCACGCAUCGCCUAUACUUCCGUAUACCAUCAAGCCCUUCGGGCUGGUACGGCGAAGUAUGCUCUCGCUGAUGAGCUCCCCGUGCUCAACUGGGUCCUUCUCGGUGUUCUUGGAGCAGGAGCAGGAGCAGGCUUGCAGGUCCUUCGCCGGUACCGCACAAAGACACCACCAGUUCCCAUACCGCUAGGUCAGGAUGGACUAAAAUGGCGAAUGAUAGCCAGAGCAAUGACGGGUUGGUUGCAACGAGCACUCAAAAACAACACCAAACUCCGUCAGGAUUUACAGAGGGCACAACAGGAGGCGGAUGAUACGCGACUAGAGCUCCAAAGUACACGUCGCAAUGUAGCGGAUAUGGCACCAGAAAUUCAUGGUGCUCUUCAGCAGGAAGAUGUCAGGGACAACAUUGAAUUGCGUCAAGAAUUGCAAAACGAGCGGGCUACUGUGGCUGAUCUUCGACAGCACAUCCAACACGCAGAGGAGCUAGAGAAGAUGCAAGAUGAGGAGAUAGCAGCAUCUCUAGUACGAGAGGAAGAACUCCAGCAUAAUCUCACUAUGGAGACCACGUGGCGGAAGCAACUAGAACAAGAAGUGGCACACGCCAGGGCCCCAGAGCUAGAAGCUAGUACUACGCCUGCUCGACAUUCAUCAAACAGAUCCCCUCUCAGUAUCAGCGCCAGUUCACCAAUGCCAUCAUCCGUCGAUCAAACGUCUGCGAGGCGAGAACGAGCAAUAACUCCAACCCCGUGGAACCCGUUGGGCAGCGAUUACGAAAGCUCAUCUAAGCGCCGAGCCACACCUCAGCAGGACUAUGGAGCAGUUUAUUCCUCCUACGAGUCAGUAGAACGGAUGUUGCACCGAUCCGCUGGUAUCGAGUACACGCCGUUGAAUCAGCGCAAGCGCCGACGAACACAUGAUGGCGAGGAAGAGAUACCCAGACCGGCCAAGCUACACCGCUCAAGUCCAGCAGAGAGCAGUGACAACGCGACGUAUACUCCGAAGGGAACACCAACAGGUGGUGCAUCCUUUAGGAGCAAGCGCAAGCAAAAGAUGAAAGUGAACGCUGACGUGCGUCUAUGGGGCCUGGAUGGCAAACCAUCCAUCAUAAUCGAGCCAUCUAGGCAUCUACCGGCCCCCAUCAAGCCGGAGAGGUUGGUGAUCGAUAACACCAUGGCCGACAGCAUCAUGGAAACCACGGAGACACCCGCCAAUGCCGACACAACUAGGAGCCCAUCGCGUGCUAGGUCUCGGCUGCCCAUUGCUUCUACUGGUUCGCCAGUAAGAAGAAGUACGCGAGCUGCUACAAAGGAGGUGCAAAGCCUCAAUGAGCGAGACCUGGCCAGCCGCUCGACGUCUCCAACGAAAGACGAUCUAGAAGAUGCACUGCAGACAAUGGGUCGAAAGUACUCAAAGCCUCCCGCCCGACAGACGCGAUCAGUGUCACCGAAGAAGGGCGAAAAGAAAAGGGACGCAUUGACGUCACCAGUUAAGAGCAACGGGCAUCGCAUAUCAAAACCGCUUGCUAGCCCGAAGAAGAAGUAA